CGUGCGUGCGUGCGUGCGUGCGUGCGUGCGUGUGUGUGGGUCUGUAGGGUAUUAGUUAUUUCAUGUUCAAAGGUAUCCUGGUGGAUCAUCCCAAAGAGCUGGCUAAAUUCAUCUUCUACACCAGACGGCUCAACUGGAAGAUGCUGAGGGUUUAUCUGGAUGAGAGGCGGGAUGUUCUGGACGAGUUGGUGACGCUCCAUAACUUCAGUAACCAGUUUCUCCCCAACGCUCUGAGGGACUUUUUCAGACACAUCCACGCCCCCGAGGAGAGGGGCGAGUAUCUGGAGACCCUCAUCACCAAGUUCAGCCACAGAUUCUGUACCUGCAACGCCGGCCUGGUCCGAGAUCUGGGCCUUAAUCCUGAUGCUGUGUACGUGCUGUGCUACAGUCUCAUCCUGCUGUCCAUCGACCUGACCAGCCCCCACGUCAAAAACAAGAUGUCCAAGAGGGAGUUCAUAAGGAACACUCGCCGAGCAGCACAUAAUGUCUCCGAUGACUUUGUGGGCCAUCUCUAUGACAACAUAUACCUGAUCGGACACGUGGCUGCGUAGCUGCCGUCCCAACUCUCAUACUGCACUGAAGAUAGGACACAUGUCUGGGGAGAACGGAACACUGUGGAAAUGGAUUCAACAAUAUUCACCACAACCACUGAGUCUUGGUAGAAUGGUUAAGAAAAACCAAUAAAAUCCACCACUGCACUGUGAGAGACUCUGCUACCAGAUAUGUUAUUAGAUUUGUAUCAGAGGUGUGAAACAUCUGAAGUGUCUUUAAAACCAAGUCACUGCAAAGAAGGAAGUUUUAAAGAGGAACCAUGAAGACGAGCUCUGACACUGCACUGACGGAUGGUGACUGCUGAUGGGUGGAGGAGGAGCUUCCCCCUCCGCCUGCCACACAUGCCGGGACAGUCCUGCUGCUUUCCUAUUGGACAGCUGCUUUGGGUUCACUAGUAGGACAAACUCUGGCUAUUUCUUCUAGGAAGUGGCACUGACGACCACUCACUAAUAUCACUAACAGCAUUUACCAGCGGGACUCAUGACGGAGGUGCCUUGGAGCUCUAUGGCUGCACCUUCAUACAUCAUGCAGCCGUAACAUGCAGAAAGCUAGCUGGAACAGCUUUCUGUGGCUCAUACUACAUCUUUCUCUUUUCAGUUUUAUGACAAAAUGAAAAACACAACAACACUUUCAUGCAAUAAUAUGUUAAUAAUGUUAUCCUUAAUCUUACACAAGUAAGAUAUGUGAUAUGUGUUCCAAGAUAAAGGCGUCAAACUGCACGGACCAAGGUAAAAAAAGACGUUUCAGUCGGCUGAGUGUCACCAAUCAACGCCUACACCUGCCAUAUAGGGCUGGUCCACUCUCAGGAAUAUUCCAAUAUAGGAUAUUCAAAUCUAAAAUACAAAUGAUGAUGAUGCUAAGGUGAUGGAAGGAAUAUGAAUCAAGCAUGAAGUUUGUUAUAGUUGUAUGUUUAAUACUUGUUAAUUUAGGUCAUUUUAUAUUAUAAUUAAGUCAAAUACAUGUUUUUUUUCUCCUGGGGAGAAUGCCACACUAACAUACCUGUCCAAUUUUAAGUUUGUUUAAACUUGCAAAGUAAAAAAACAGACAACUAAUUUUAGAAACAUGUAAAUCCUAAGGACUGCGUGGAUUGUAAUGGAUUGUUUCAUGUUGCAUCUCAUGGUCACACAUGAAAGGAAGAGUAAAUAGACACUGAGUAUUUUCAGUGUGGCAGGAACCAGCUGUAUGAAAUUGAAUGUAUUAAUAUACAUGAAACGAGGGAAAUAUUUAAUCUCUGUGCUUUGAAGGUGACGGAUCUGAAGCAGCUGCUUGUUAGCUGCUUAAAACAAAAGUGUUUGUGAAGCGAGGGUCUGUGAUGGACCUGGAUCUAAUUCUGCCAUCGGUACCAAGGUCAUGGCGAGAGUGUAGAGAUGACAAAGUAAAGUGAAGUAGAACAGCAGAUGUUUAUCAAGUCAUCCUGCAGUUCAGACGCUUGACUGGUCACACGAGGACAGAGCAGUAAGUUGUAUAAGGUUCAUGAAGUUCUUGUGUUUUAACAACAUACACAUAUUAACCCCUCAUUGCCACAGCUUUAGUGUCAGUUACUGAAGUCCUGGCCUUCAAUUUAUAUCAGGAAGAUAUUGCUGCCAAGACUUAAUGGCAUAAUCCAUCAAUUUCAAUUAGACAUGUAGUCAUAAUUACUGUCAAGCACUCCAGCUGUAAUCCUGUCAAAAGCACUGUCAUUCUUCCAGAAAUGACUGAUCUCAAAUUAUGAAUUUAUCAUCAACAGUGCACAGUCAUGGGCAAAUCAGAUUUUUUUUAAACAUAUAAUAAGCAGUGUGUUAAAGUAAAAAAGGUAAAAUAUUUGUGUAGUUAAAAAUGAUGGAUUACUUUGUGUCAGUUCAGGAAUAUGUGUGAUUAGUUUUUAAUGGAUUGGUUUUUGCAAUAGUGAAAGUGGAUGGCAGCACUACAAAACAGAAGAGACGUGGAAAUCUGUUGAAAUGGAAGUGUACAAUAAACUCGAAUGUGGACAUAA